ACAGCAGUUUAAGUCUUCUGCUUGUUUAUCACAGGUUGACAUAUUUUUACAUUUAAAGAUAACAUUACAGGAGAAAGAAGUAUUGAAUAAUCUUCACAAUGAAAGUUCUACGAUUGAGCCCAAUUUUCUCGAAAAUCAGGCAGAUCAUCUUGAUGAUACAAAAAAUCUAUAAAUUUGACUCCCCUCAUUCUCCGGCCCAAAUAAACAGGGUUUUAAGUACCCCAGUCAAAAAAAGGUUAAAAUAUCCCCAUUAUGUCAGUUUUUUUCUCAUUAUCAAGAAAUCUCUUCUCAGAUGCAUGAUGAGUACCUGCCUGAGUAUUCAGUUCCCACAUUUACUACACAAACAUCUAGUUUAGAUGUAUUUACUUCAUCUAUUACAUCAUCAUCAACUAUAAGCCCUACGCAGGCUACCUUUAACAAACCCCCUGUUACUGUAACAUUAUCAACCUUACAAACAUCAUAUAUAUUUCUGCUGGGAACUCUUGGACCAAAAACCACAGAAUCAUCCAUAUCAUUAAUACCUACAUUGCCAACUGAUGCAUCAGUAGAGAUAUCAAACUCUCCCUCAGGGGAAACUGAUGGAUCUCCACCUACUAAAUCAACUUCGAACGUCAAUGAAGCAAUCUUCUCUAUGUCUAAUAUUUCCUAUAUAACUACCUCUACAUCAGAAUCUCUCAUCCCAGAGCUUGGAAUGGAAUACUCCCAGUUUCAAACUUCUACAAUACCAACCUCAUCUUCUUUGUCAACAUCUGUGCCCAUAAUAGGAACAACAACAUCUACAUCAUCAUCUCUAAAAUCAACUUUACCUUUUGAUGAAUUGACAACUUCAUUCUUAUCAGCAGAAUCUCUAAUCCCAGAUCUUGAAAUUGGGUUGGAAAUAAAGGAUGAACUUAUUUCAAUACCUUUGCCUGAUUCAACAUCUAACCCAACUGUAAUUACAUCUAGCACUAUGGCUUUUUCUCCCGAAAUAAUCCCUGUAACUGACAUCCUAAUUGCCCCAGAUGAUUCAAAUACAUUAACAUUAAGUUCUUUUGAAAUUCCCUCACUUUCAGAAUAUUCUCCAUUUCAAACUUCUGCAAUACCAGUGUCAUCUUCAAUAUCAACAUCUGACCCGGCAACAUCUACAUCCCAGUCUGAAACAACAAAAUCAGCUUCAUCAUUUGAUGGAACCACAACUUCAUUACUAUCAGCAGAAUCUCUUAUCCCUGAUCUUGAAAUUGAAUUGGAAAUAAAAAAUGAAAUCAUGCCAAUAACUUUGACUACUUCAACAGCUAACCCAACUUUUUUUACAUCAAGUGCCAUGGCUGUGUCUCCUGAAGUUGUUCCUGCAACAGACAUCCUUUUUGCCUCAGAAGAUUUAACUGAAAUCCCAUUUAUUUCUUCUGAAAUUCCACUCCCAGAAUAUUCUCAGUUCCAAACUUCUUCAACGCCAAUGUCAUCUUCAAUAUCAAUAACUGAAUCAACAACAUCCACAUCACCAGCUGUAACAACAAAAUCAACUUCAUCAUUUGAUGGAACCACAACUUUUUUUACAUCUAGUGCCAUGACUGUGUCUCCUGAAGUUAUUCCUGUAACAGACAUCUCAUUUGCCUCAGGAAAUUUAACUGAAAUCCCAUUUAUUUCUUCUGAAAUUCCCCCACUCCCGGAAUAUUCUCAGUUUCAAACUUCUUCAAUACUAAUGUCAUCGUCAAUAUCAACAUCUGACCCCAUAAUAAGAACAACAUCAUUGUCAUCACCUUCUGUAACAACAGUGUCAACCUCAUCUUUUGAAGGAUCCACAAAUUCAUUCUUAUCUAUGUCAAAUUUGUCAACUACAGUUGGUUUCACAGAAGAAUCUCUAAUCCCACAGCUUGAAAUUGAGUUGGAAAUAACAGAUGACAUUAUACAAAUGUCUAGUACAUUCCCUGGCCCAUCUGAAGUUACAUCAAGUUCAGAAGCCGUAACUCCAAUAACAGUUACAGACCUUUCAAUGGAAGCAGACACUGGGGAUGCUUUGACCCAAGAACAAGCAUUUUCAUUUGAACCUCUAAAUGUGACCAGCAGUAAACCUACAAUAUCAGAACCAACUGAGAAUUCAACACAAGGAACUCCAGUAUCUUUAAAACCAUUAUCAGAUGCACCUAAAUUAUCAACAGGAACAUCUUCUACUCAGCAAAGUACCAUUAUGGUAACAUCUGUACCUUUAGAAUUGGAAACAGAAGAUUCCAUCAUUUUCAUUGAUGAUGAUCUCCCUCCACUUUUUAUUCCAACAUCAUUCCAACCCACAAGUUCACCUAAACCUGAAGUAAAUCAGUCCAUUAUAUUUAGUUCAACAGUUAUUCCACCAUUGCCAGGUUUUUAUAACUUUACACAAAAGACUCCACUUCCAACCUUAAUAAGUUCUGCGGGAUCAACAACAUCAUCAACAUCUUCAGAGAUAGUUUUUAUAGAGACAACCCUACCUCCCCUUUUUCUUUUGAAUAAAACAUUAACCCCCAUACUACAAGUAUCUACACAAUCUACACAAAAUGCAACUGAAAGUUUGACAAUCACAGACUUCUUUACCACCAGCAAGCCUACAGAAUCAACUGCUAUAAAUUUUUCACCUGAACCUUUAGAACCAGAGCUUGGGAUUGAUCUUGAUAACUUGGACGAAUUUAAACCAACAACUGAAAUUCCCACAACUACCAGUCUUGCCUUGAACUUUUCCACCACUGAAGAAUCCACAACAUCUAGAAUUCCCAUAGAUGGCUUUGAACCCGAUCUUGCAUUUGCCAAUGCUCUCCUGGCCAUUUUGAAAGAACUGAACGAUCAGGCAAUUUUAAAUUUUACUACUUUUCCUGUCUCAACAACAUCUGAACUUUUAGGAACAAACAUUUCAAACCUCACAACUACAACCGUUCCAUCAGAUGCUUCUCCAGCUACGUUUAUGCCUAACUCUUCAGGGUCAAACUUGGAAACAACUUUUAAACCACUAAAUGAUGAAUUCUUAACUCCUGAGCUGUCUGUAGACAUAUUUGACACUGCUCAAACCUUUAAAACAUCAUCCACACAAUCAAGUGCAGUCAAAAGUUCUACAACUAUAGUUGAAGAUUUGAUUCCAGAUUUUACUUUAGAUUUAGAAGAUUUCAAUGAUAAACAGGAGAAUAUAUUCACAGAUGAAACCUCUUCCACAGCAAAACCUCUAGGCUUAACUGAAAAGGAAACAAGCCAAGACACAACCCAAAGUAUGCUUAGCUUUUCAACAGCAAAUCUUCCUCCUCUUUUUCUGCCAACCUCACAAGUACCAUCUACAACUACCCUACAAUCAACUUUAACAAUACCAAUAACAACAUUUAGUUUCUCAGGAAUGACUUCAAAUAUGUUACCUGUGGAGUCAGCAACAGAAUCCUUGGUAGUCACUCCACCAUCUAUAUUUAAUGUAACAGUCUUUGGAAACGUAGGCUCAACUGUAUCAAAUAAUACUGACUUUGUUUUCCCAGAAACCAACUUACCCCCCCUUUUUCUCCCAACUGUAAGAUCAACAUCUAUGGUUGAAUCAACUACAAAUAAAGGUACAACAGCGUUUAUAGAAUCAAGUACUAACCUUAAUGAGGAUUUUCUUGUUCCUGAACUUGGAAUAGAUUUAGAUCUUAAUAGAGUAAGUUUGUUAACCACUAAAAUUCCAGAAAUUUCCAGCAGUAAGGAUGAGAUUUUGAUCCCUGAACUUGGAAUGAACAUAGAUUUUGAUGAAGAAUCAAUGCCUUCGUCUAAAGUUCCUGUUAUAAAAACUACAAAGUCAACAAGUACAAGUUCAAACGAACUUGAGAUAGAAUUAAACUUCAACCUAGAAAAUAUUACUGCAAUUAGAUCAACAACUACCAACUCUAAUGAUGAUAAUUUUGUCCCUGAACUUGGAAUAAACAUUGAAGUAAAUGAAGUCCCUUUGCCAAUGUCUGUAUUGCCUUCUGAACAAACAACAGAAUCAUCUACAACAAGUUCAACAGUAUAUCUUGAACCAGAACUUGAAAUAAAUUUAAGUGAUAACCAAGAACAUGCAGUUACAUUGAGAUCAACAACCUCCAACUCUAACAAUGAUAUGCUUAUCCCUGAACUUGGAAUUGACAUUGAUUUAAAUGAAGAAUUUAUUUCAACCUCUAAAAAACCUGCUACCCAAACAGAAUUAUUUACUGCUAGCUCAACUAUAUAUCUUGAACCAGAACUAGAAAUAGACUUAACCAUUAAAGAGGAAAAUAUUGCUACUAUCUCAAACAAUGAUAUUCUAGUUCCUGAUCUUGGAACUACAAAUUUGUCAGAUUAUCUUGAACCAGAGCUCGAAAUAGAUUUAAGCGAUAACCAAGAACCUACUGCUAUAAUUGUUUCAACAACCUUCAAACCUAACAACAAUAUUCUUGUCCCUGAGCUAGGAGUAGACAUUGAUUUGAAUGAAGAAUCAAUGUCAACAUCUAAAUUACCUGUCAAUCAAACAUCAGAAUCAUCAACUGUACAUCUUGAACCAGAUACGGAAAUAGACUUUAACGAAGUAAAUGUUGAUACAAUCAGAUCAACAACUUUCAAAAAUAUUCUUAUCCCUGAACUUGAAAUAGACAUUGACUUUAAUAAGGAAGCUAUAUCAUCAUCUGAAAGACCUAAAACCCAAACUACAAGUUCAUUAGACAAUCUUAAACCCAAGCUUGAAGUAGAUUUAGAUUCUAACAGAGAACCUGUUUCCACAGGUAAUAAUGAUAUAGACACCUCUACCACUACAAAUUUUCCAACAACAAUUUUAGCUGAAGAUUUGAACGCCCUGGAUGGCUUUGAAUCAGACUUUGAAUUUGCAAACUCCCUUUUAGCAAUACUCAAUGCACUAAAUAGGAACGAAACAUUAACAAAUGAUAGAAACUUUGAUUCAACAACAUUAUUACCUGAAAUUUCAAGUAGUUCCCUUUUAACAGGAACUUCUGCAGAAAGCACAAUGAGCAACAUGCUAAACACACAAGCUCCAGAAUCUAUGUUAACUACCACUACAAUUAUCUCAGAACCAGAAGCAGGAGCAGUAACCUCAAUAUUGGAUUUGGGUAAUUCAAUCCCAGAUUUAGCAUUAGACAGUAAACUCUUUGAUGAUAAUAUUAGGACAUCAUCACUACAGACUUUGCUAAAUGAUGAUCAAGCAUUUACAGCAAAUCUAAAUACAGAAAUUAAAAUCUUCUCUGAUAAAGAUGGAGACCUCAUUCCAGAGCUUGCUGUGACUUCAGACAAACCAAAAACAAUUUCAAGCCUUGACAUGACUCCUCUCAAUGGGUUUACCAAUUCAAUAAGAGAUAAAGACUUGAUUCCUGAACUUUCUAUUGGUUUAGAACCUAUUAUAAAUAGAGUUGAUAAUGAGAUUCCUGAUUCCUCAUCAAAAACUAAUACAACCUUGGAGUCAUCAGAUGGGUUUGAAUCUUAUUCUGAAUUUGAAAAUAUUCUCCAGAAAGUACUUGAAGAAAUAGAAAAGGAAAACAAAAUCUCUGAUAUAGAAAAUGACUCUGUAGCUAGUAUGAGUACAACAACAUUUUCUUCUUUGACAAGUGAAUCACCAAUUCCCACAACAACAGAUGGGUUUGAAUCAUACAUUGAAUUUUCUAAAGGCAUUCAAACGAUACUGGAUGAGAUAAAUAAUCAAACUGAUCUAGUCUUGAUAAAUUCAACUACGACAAGAAACACUUUAAAUACUGAAGGUGCAGGUUUAAACCCUGAUUUAGUUUUAGGCACUGACAUCGAUAAUAUGGGAUUUCUAACAACAACUAAUGGGUUUGAAUCAUACCUUAGCUUAUCAGAUGUUCUUCAGACAAUUUUAGAAGAACAAAAUCAGAUCAAUAUUACCAUUGAUACCUCUACUGAACAAAACAGGGUCACUAUGACUUUGAAUCCAUCAGAAGUCUUAACCUUGCCAGUAAACAUUGAAGAAGAUAAUCUUAUUCCUGAUUUGGCAAUAGGCAUUGUUGAUAUGGAAUUUUCAACAACAAAAGACAGGAUAUCUUCUACAGAAAGGAACAUUUUAGCUACUGGAGUAGAAGAUCUAACUACAGCAAGAAAUAUUGAAAAAGAUACUUUAAUUCCUGAUCUAGCCUUAGAGGAUGUAAAUUUUCAAACAACAACAGAUGGAUUAGAGGUAGAUCCUGACUUUUCUGAUGUGAUUCAAACGUUGUUGGAUGAGAAAAAUGAUCAGAUCAACACCUCUACAGAUAUGUUUACUUUGGUAAUAAAUCCGUUGGAAAUAUUAAACACAGAUGCAACUACUACAGAAGAUAGUCAUGUCUCUGACCUAGCCUUAAAUAUGGAUAUAGGAGAAUUCCAAACAACAACAGAUGGAUUUGAGUCAAAUCCAGACUUUGCUGGUGGGAUUCAAAUACUCCUGGAAGAGAAAAGUAACCAGACUAAAAUAAACAAUCUUUUGCCUGGAUUUUUUGAUAAUAAUCCAAAUCUGACCUUAAACAAAGAAUUAGAAGAUAAAGAUUUAAAAACAACAACAGAUGGCUUUGAAUCAGAUCCUGAAUUUGUAAAUGGGAUUCAGAUAAUUUUUGAGAAGGAAGACAAUCUGAUCAACAAAAUCAGCUCUACUGAAAAAAUAAGUCUUAAUACCAUUACACCAUCAGGAGUUUCAUCCACAGCUGCAUUUGCCAAAGAAGAUAAUCUUAUUCCUGGUCUAGCAGUAGAUAUUGAUAUUGAAAAUAGUGGGGUGCCAACAACCAUAGACGGGUUUGAAUCAGAUCCUGAAUUUUCUAAUGUGAUUCAAACAUUGAUAGAUGAGAAAGAUAAUCAAGUCAAUGAUAAUGAUAUUUAUGCCACAACUGAAAGAAACAGUGGAACCAUGAUAGUUAACCUCUCUGAAAUAUUAACCACACCGGAUAAUGAAGAUAAUCUAAUUCCUGAUUUGGCAAUAGAUAUAGUCUCUUCUACUGAAAAUACCCUGAUUCCUGAUUUAAUCUUAGAUGUUGAUAUUUUAGAUGAAAUUAAAACAGAAAACCAAAUUGAAGUUCUAGCCACAGCUACUCCUGCUAAAGAAGAUCUUAUUCCUGAUCUAGCCUUAGAUAUUGACAUAGGAGAAAUUAUGAAGAUCCCAACUAGCUCAGUAAACAACACUGCAGAAGUCCUUUCUGGAACUGGAUCCGAAAAUCAAAUUGAAGUUCUAGCCACAACUAAUAAUGCUAUAGAAAAUCUUAUCCCUGAUCUAGCCAUAGAUAUUGAUUCAGAAGAAAAUAUGAAGAUUUCAACAAACACAGUAAAUAAGCCUUCUAAAGUCCUUAUUUCAGUUGUCCCUUCUACAGAAGAAAACCUGAUUCCUGAUUUUACUUCAAAUAUUGAUAUAGUUGAUUUACUAUUGAAUAUAAAUUCUACCUUACAAGAAGGAGUUACUACUACUCAAAGAGAUAGAAGAGAAACAACUCCUAAUAUUGAAGAACUUCUUCCUGAUCUGAGUUUUACGGUGGAUCCACCUACCUCAGCUUUGGAAAACCUAUAUACAAAUAAAACAGUUGUACAACCUCCCCUCCCGAUAAAUAGUUCAUUACCUAAAUCAACAACUGUAAGAUCUUUCACUUCUACCCAAAAAGUGAUGCUUCUUGAUGAAAAAAUAUCUCUCUUUGAUGCACUUAUCCCAGUUCUUUUUCUUCCUGAUGAAUUCUUUGAUACAACAAUAGCUACAACUUUGGACAACAUGGAGUCAACUGUGGGAUUUGAAAAUGGUGAACAAAUAACAGUCACUGAAUCAAUUCAGAUUGGUGUUACAGAAGAACCACUAAUAAAGGCUAAUGAUUUAGAUGAUAUGCCAGAAAAUGACAAUGUUCAACGUCCAGUGCAAGGCAAUAUCCCAAUUAACCAACCACCAGCAACUGAUGAAAAUGAAUCAAAUUUAUAUUUUUCUGAGCUUCUCUUGAAUGCUAUAGAAGAUCAAAACAAACUGACUGAAAAUCAAAACUCACUCAGAAUUGCUGCCGCAAACAACCUCAAUUCAACAGUUAACAACUUCACACAAGGAUUAAAUAGCAAUAGUAUCAGUAACAGUAGGAUUAACACAGUUUUCUCUGAUUUCUCCAAUUUUGCCUCUAGAAGGCUUCCAAUAUCUUCAGAGUCAACAUUACCUUUUAGCUUUAAUGAAGCAAAUUCAGAUUCAACAAUUCAACAACUCAUUCAAAGUGUGGUGUCUACAACAGCAUUACCAGUAACAACUUCAACAACUGUAUUAACAACAGCAUUACCAGUAACAACUUCAACACCUGUAUUAACAACAGAAUUACCAGUAACAACUUCAACUCCUGUAUUAACAACAGCAUUACCAGUAACAUCUUCAACUCCUGUAUUAACAACAGCAUUACCAGUAAUAACUUCAACUCCUGCAUUAACAACAGCAUUACCUGUAAUAACUUCAACUCCUGUAUUAACAACAACAGAGAGACUACCUUCAUUUUCUAGUUUUUUGUUGAGUAAAUUUGGAAACUCAUUUGGGAUUUUGAGGAGAUGACGUGACCGCAGAAUAUUGGCAUUAAGUUAGGAGCCAGGGAGAACUGAGCGAGGUGCCAAGCAGAUGUACACUUUUUCUCUAUUUUAAUGUAGUUUGUAAAUAAAUCGAAUAAAUAGUGUAUCUUAAAGGAUCGGUUAAAACCAAUUAAAUUUAAUUUUAUUGAA